AUGAACGAAAACUUCUACUCCGCUGCCAAUGAUACAUGGCACGGUGAGCUGCUGGACAGCCCCAUCUGCCACAAAUGUCUCGAGAUACAUGACCGUCAUGCAUGUACUUCUCUCUCCAAACCCCUUUCGGUAGACUCGGCAGACGCUUUGUCCCUCCCCCCUCGAUCCAUCAAAUCUCGUAUCACGGGGGUCCUUUCUAUCCACGAUUACCACAAGUUUCUCUCCAAAUCUGCAGACCGCAUUGGCGAUCCUGUCGAUCAGACAGGAAAGAAGUUGAAGCGCAAGACUGCUGCAUUGCAUUUGAAUCGCCCGUCCGCACUUCCCAUUUCUUAUCCUGUAUCUAUAUCCUCCGUGGCAUCAAGUCCUCCGCCGCUCUCUCCGUCCUACUCCCACAGCAUCGUCUCCCAGUGGAGUGAAGAGCCUGAGCUCGGGGAAGCCCAGACUGUUCAUUACCAAGCCGCCCAAAGCCCACGAAUACCUGUUGUCUCGGAUCUCGGGACUCGUGCUAGACCUAAUAGGAAGCGAUUGAAUACCUUUCGUGAAAAGCUUCAACAAAGGGCCCAGGCGCAAGCGGAAGAAGCUGAGCGUGCCUCCAAAACUCAAUCCUCGGACUCGAUGCUGGCCAGUACGCAGGCCGUGGCCACCGUCUCGCACGGUGGUGCUUGCUUUGAGAUCCUGAAUCCGCGCAAGUCGCUGGAUCUAGCACGCAUCGUCUCAUACAUUGAAGACGUCGACAAUUGCUCCGUGGUCUCAUCAGACAAUCAGCGAGACUCUACUUUCUCCAUCGAGCAAGGACUGGACCGGGUGUCCCUGUCCCAAUUCACCGAUGCCUCAUUGCCAUCAUUUUGCUCAACCAAAUCGUUGUACACCUCCGUCCCAGCCGAUCUGCCAACACUAAAAGGUCAACCGACGGACAUGGCGUCGUCUUCCCCGGGAAUCCAUGACCGCGUCCGGUCUCUAUCAGACUACUCUAUCAAUGAACAAAGCUUCAACUACUGGAGCCGACCUGUACAGCAAACUGAAAAACACGAUCUGCGUAUCGAUACACACAACCACCCAAGCAGUGACAGAGACUCCCCGCAAUUACCACACAUGACCUCCAUCACGGAGGAAUCCAACCUCCCAAACCUAGACUUCACCCACCGAUCCUCCACCCCAUCAACGCAAACCUUCUACUCAGAGAGUGAGAUUGGCGAACCCGGCUCCCCCGUCUACGCCAACGGCGACUGGGCCCAAGUCGACGACCGCGACAGAGGCAUCCUGUUCGACCUACCAGAAGACGCAACAACACCCGGCCACCACGACUUCUCAUCCUCACAAGAACCCGAACCACAAACACCCCGCGAAAGCCCCCUCGACACACCAAGUGGCUCGCCCAUGCAAUCACCAAUCUACUCCUCCUUCGACUCCGCCUACCCCUACCCAACCUCUAUGUCCACCUCCAAACUCCCCCACUACUCCGCCCCCUUCGAUCCCUAUACCUACGACCCGGUGUACCUCGACCCACACGUCCAGUCCGUCCUCGCAGCCGCGAACGCCGAGACGAUGGGGUUGCGGGGAAAUUCUGCACGCGCACUGGAUGAGCUGCAGCGAGGGGCGCGAACUGGCGAGACCAGUCCGCGAUUUGAGUUCCAGCGGAGAAAGAGUGAUGAGAGGAAAUCGGCUCAGAGAAAGGGGUUGAGGAAGUUCUUUAGUUGGAAGCAUGGGAGUUAG